CUUUGUUGUUUCCGUGAAAAACACCGGUCCACCGGCCGUAGGCCUAUUUAUUUUGUUUUGCGCAGUUGCUGAUCAUGUGGUGAGAUGUUACUUUGAUGUUGAAAAGUGACGCGAAAGUUGAGACGAUCAUCAUCAUGUGGUUGAUUUGAAUUCAGAAAAAUAAUAAGGCCUUCUACGUCGCUGGACAACAUUGAAUUCUAAAUCAUGUCUGGAGAGGUCACUGAUGAGGCCACAUCCACUGUUGAAACCAUCGAUGCAGACAUGUCUUGUAGCAUCAACCUGAUUGAUCUUCCCUGGGAGGAUGUCCUCAUUUCUCGCAUCCUGCCUCAUCUCAGCAUCAUCGACAUCUUCCGUCUCCGUUCCAUGAGCAAAGACUUCUGUGACCUCAUCCAGACAUACUUCCAACAUCAGAAAGUCUUGGACUGGUCUAGUGUCGCCAGCCGGGCGUCUGUAGAUGCCUUCAAGAUUGCCACCAGUGAUGCCGAGAACCUGCAGAAACUGGUAGUGACUAGCUGUAAGAGUUGGAUGACCGAUGCCACACUGGUGCCCCUCAUCCAGAGGAACCCGCGUCUCCGCAAUAUCGACCUGUCAAAAUGUCCAAACUUAUCUAUCAAUAUGAUUGCUGGGAUGUGCCCAGAACUCAGGACGGUUCUUUUACGAGAGUGCUGCUGGGUUUCGUCAUCCAUGAUUGAGUGCCUGACCAUGAAGUGCAAGAAUCUGGAACGCAUUGACCUGACAGGCUGCUGGGAGCUUACGGACGACACCAUCUACAUGCUGGCUUCGUUACAGCCCAAGCUACGCUGGCUGUCAUUGGCUAGGAUAUAUGGCAUCACGCAGGUCUCCGUCGAGCAGUUGGCCAUGAACUGUUAUCAACUAGAGUAUCUGGACUUGGAAGGAUGUUGGCGUGUCACUGAUGCAGCUAUCCAUACACUGGCACAAAAAUGCCCCAGUCUGAAGACACUGAAGGUUCGUGACUGCAGAAACAUCACUGAGCGUAGUCUAACGAGGCUUCGUUGUCAGGGUGUGACUAUCGAUAUCCUAGGAGACAACUUUAUGCCACUCCGACGAGUUCCGUUCAACAUGCCGCCUGACCCACACAUGGUGAUGAUGAGGCAAUAUCAGUCGCCUGUCAACUACAGACUCUGAGAUACAAAUUUGAGAUGUUGACUCUUAAGAUUUAGCUCCAAGCCAAAAAAGGUCUUGAAAAGUUGACUUCCGACCCAUUGCACUGUGAAACUGUGAAGCCUUGUUAUUUAUUCAAUGCAGUGUCUGUUUAUUCAAGUGUCUGUUUCCAACUUUUGUCUUUAUUUCACUUAAUCCUUUUACAUUGUAAGGCUGUAAAACUUUAAGUAACACCAUGUUUUGAAAAAUAAAUGCAUCUUUGAAAAUGUGGAUGAUUGUAAUGUUCUGACAUCAUGUAGACUAAUUUAAGUCUUGACAUUGCAAGUAGAUGCAAUUUCUGAAGUGGCUCAUUCUUAAAUUUGAGGUGUGCCUACAUGUACAUUUUUCAAGUUGUUAAACACCCUGUUGGUGAAGGAACAUGAAUGAGUUUGUGGAACCUUUUUUUUGGUUGUCAGAUUUAGUCUACACUUUCAGUUUCAACUUCUAUUUAAAAGAAAUGCUGAACCAAUGUUACUGAAUUAGAGGCUUUUAGGUAAUAGAUUAUGUCAGUGACAUUCAGAUAUCAUUUAUAUUAACAUUUUAAUUAUUGUUUUUACAUGUAUAUCAUCCUAGUUAUUAUUGUCAUCUUAUUAACAUUUUGAAAUUACUAUAAUUGAGAUGUA